CGAUUAAAAUGUGUAUCAAAAAGCUCGCCAAACAUGUCGAACUUUGCUCGGGCAUUUGAAGAAGACGAACAGUUCCAGAGCACCAUCAUCUCACAGUCAUCCAACGACAAUCCUUAUCCUGUUGAAAGUGGUGGUGAAGGCUCCACUCUGACCCCCACAACUUCAAAGAAGAAAAGAAAUCAUGCGGGAAAUCCAGGCAAGCAUUGCAACCCUGAUGCUGAGGUUGUAGUAUUAUCUCCAAGGACUCUGAUGGCCACAAAUAGGUAUGUAUGUGAAGUGUGCCAUAGAGGGUUUCAAAACGGUCAGAAUCUGCAGCUGCACAGGAGAGGACGCAACCUGCCCUGGAAGCUGAAGCAAAGGUCAAACACUCAGGUUAAGAAGAGGGUGUAUGUCUGUCCUGAGCCAAAUUGGGUGCACCAUGACCUUACCCGUGCUCUUGAUUGGAAGGCUCACACCAAGAUCUGUGGCACUAGGGAAUACCGUUGUCAUUGUGGCACCAUUUUUGCAAGGCUGAUGGGAGAUGUUAAUGGUGAUGGGAUUGACGACGAAGGAGAUGAUGAGAUUGAUAAUCAUCUCCUUCGUCAUCCUCAUCAUACGUCUCAUGAUAUCACCCCUAUGGGGAUAUUGAUGAGGGAGUUAGCCUUUCCACAGGUGGAAGAAUGUUGCAAGAUCAAGAGCAAGAGCUCUUCACUUUCAUCAAUGCCCGGUUCUGAUUCCUUCUUAAACACAAACACAAAUACAAAUGCGUCUAUGAAUCUGUCCACUCCGAUGGAGAACAUUGACAAUUCUCAAAGGCCUUUAUCACUGAGCUCGCCUGGAGUCAUGACAUGGAGCAACUUAGACCCAAUUUUCAGCCAAAGAAUGUCAAUGGCACCCCACAUGACAAUCAGAUCCCCCUACACCUCCGCAACAGCCUUGUUACAGAAAGCUGCGGAAAUGGGUGCCAAGAUCAGUGACAAUACUAUAGCUCCUAUCAUCCUCAGAGGCUUCACCGGGUACUCUUCUAGCAGCAUCAACUCAGCUGGGUCUGUCCAGGAAGGCACGUCUAACAUGGGACCAAAUGUCCCAAGCGCCAAUAGUUUCAUUGUUGGAGAACAAGAAGCUCCAAUGGAUACAAGACCUGCCCCUUCUGUUUCUCAAGCAGCAAUUUUUCAGUCUCCCCGUUUUGUACACUCAGGAAAUGGAAGUUCUGGUAAUCUGUUGGGAGAAGUGUACUUGGGAGGAGAAGGUGAGAAAAUGACAAUUGAUUUCUUGGGUGUGAAACCAUCCGAUGGUAAUCAGAGCUUUGGCAAGAAAAGAAGCUACGAUAGUAACAUUGUGGGUUUGGAGUACCCCAAUUUUCAUUCAUAUUGAUAGAGAAUUCAACGUUAUAACAACUGUGCUUCUGGCUUUGAUGCUCUAAUAAUCAUAAUGCUUGAAUGGCAAGAGGAACUUAACUGGAAAAUACUUCAAACUGGAUUUGUAGUUGAAUGAAUCGAGGCAAUGUAACUGCUCCUAAUUUCUAGUUAUUUUCAUAAUCAAAACAUUCAAGAAAGUUAGAACUUCCUG